AUACAUCUGGCGAUUAUUUCAAGCGGUCUUGCACGUGUUGCUCGCGAGUUUUGUAUAUUGUAAAUUUUAUUAAAUAUAAAAAGCAGUCAUGGUGAAAGUACAAAAACCACAACCGAAAACUCUUAAGAAAAGCACAAAAAGUGAUGGCGUAAUUAAAGAAAAACAAAAAGUAAACAAAACCAUUAAGAAAUCAUCAAAAGCAAAUGGCUUAGCACCGGCCGAAACUAAAGUUGACAGAAAAAAGAUUUCAGCAAUAAAGUCGGAUGUCCAGAAGAGUUCUGAGCGAAAGAACCCAAAAGUCGCAGCGGAGCCCAAGCUGGAAGAAGCAAAACUCCCACAGAAGUCCAAGUCGACCAAGAGGCCCCUAGUUCUUGCACCUCCAAAAUCGCCGAUUGCUUUACCCACAAAAACAAGCAAAAAGGCUGCUUCAGUGGCUACGCCUGCUUUGCCCACAAAAACAAGCAAAAAGGCUGCUUCAGUGGCUACGCCUGCUUUGCCCACAAAAGCAAGCAAAAAGGCUGUUUCAGUGGCUACGCCUGCAUUACCCACGAAAGCAAUUAAAAAAGUUGCUCCAGAUGCUACCCCAGUGGCUGCGCCUGCUCCCAAGAAAGCUAAAAUAGCAAAGAUUGAGAAGACUGCAAGUGAGCCAGUAUUGAAAUCGGAGGUAAAACAGAAGGCAAAAGCAGAAGUGGCUAAAAACAAGGAAAAGAAAAAGCAAAUUAAACAGGCUGUCGCCCCAGCCAUAAAGGACGAAGCCAAGAAGCAGCCCCAGGUAUCCAAAAAUGCAAAAGCAUCAAAAAAAGUUUUGAAUCAAACUAAGACUAAAUUGGCCAGUAAAAUAGGGGCAGCGUCUGCAAAUAAGAAAGCCAAGAAAGUAAAGAUUUCAAAGAAGCAAAAAGACGUAAAGCAAAAGAAACCGAAAGUUGUGGAACUGAAAUAUGAAGUGAAAUCGUUUGAUGAGGAUAAGUUUAAUGAAAUUGUCUGCGAGAAAAAUGUGGAAAAGGUGUGCUCCGCGCUGAUGAGCCAGGUGCGCGAGGAGGUGCAGAAAUUGAAGUCGAAGCCCAUCUUCAGCGAUUACCGCUAUAUUCUACAGGUGGCCUGCUAUAAGAUUCCCAGCUGCCCGAAGCGCAUAGUCAAGUUGGCGCUGAAGCACUCGCUAGUGGGCAAGGAUGAUGACGUCGCAGUUAUUGUGACCGACUUGCAGCGUGGAGCUCGCUUCGACUAUGAGCCGACGGUGCAGCACUACGAGGAUUUGUUCCGUGAUGCUGGCAUCGAGCAGCGCCUGAAGAUUGUGCCAUUCAAUCAGCUACGCAAUGAUAUGGUUACAUUUGAAGCCAAGCGCAAGUUCCUAAAUAGCUACGACUAUUUGCUCUGCGAUGGACGCAUCUCGGGUCAGGCUACCGCCUUCCUCGGCAACUUCACCCAGAAGCCACGUAAUGUGUUGCACUCCGUGCGUCUGAGCAAAAGCAAUCAGUUGCCCAAGGAGAUAUCGCGUGGUCUUUGCCGCACUGCUUACAGACAGCUGCGGAAGGGUGAUCUAAUAGCCAUUCCAGUCGGCAAUCAUGAGCACAGCGGCCAGCAGCUUGCAGAGAAUGUGCUGUGCGUCGUCAAACAGUUGCAGCAGCUGUAUCCUGGUGGGCUACCCAACAUACGUUCAAUGUAUUUGAAAAUCGACAUUGUUGGAACCUCUUCACUGCCCCUCUACAUUAGCUUGUGCGCCCCACCCGUGGACACGCCGUACGUUGUGGGUCCACGCGAGCAGCGGAUGCUCAAAUUGAAGAAGCAGGCAAACGAAGUGCUAUCUAGAUUUGCUCUCACCAAGGAUGUUGAUUUCGUGAAGCUGACGCAUGAUCAGGUUAAGCGUAAGGCUGAACUUCGUCUAAAGCGGAAUGCACUCAAAGCUGAGGAUGCAAAGGACGAUGAGAAUAAGGGCAACGUACCGGAGGACUCGAUUGUGCUGGCCAAAAAGGCACGUAAAAAUGUGGAAUCUGAUAAGGUUAAAGCGGACAAAGAAGAGGAAGAAAAUAAAGAUAAUGGUGAGGACGACGGCGACGAUGAUGGAGACGAUGAUGAGGAUGAGGAUGAUGAGGACGAUGAUGAUGAUGAUGAUAAUGAAGAGGAUGAGAAUGAUGAUGAUGAUGAUAAUGAAGAGGAUGAGGAUGAUAACGAUGAUGAGGAUGAUGAUAAUGAUGAUGAGGAUGAUGACGAUGAAUAG